AAAACAAAAAAAAAAUCAUGUGUCAAGUCCAGCUGGUUCAAGUUCAGUCAAAAAGUUUCAACGAAAAAUUUAAAUUGUGCCUGAAUAUGCUUCCAAAACCUAAUAAGCUUUUAUUGUUCUUAUUGUGGAUGUUGUGUGUUACAGGGAGCCUCAAGUGUGAUGUUAAAACAGGCCCCGAUCCUUGGAACUAUGAAAAAAAUUACAUCACCGACAAAGCGGGGGACGAUGAUAUUCCCCCAGAUUUGCGGUUAUCUCGUAAGAUUAAGCCACAAACGGAUAAUAAUUAUGGAACAGGAGAAUGGUUCUACAGAAGAAUACUUAGUAUUAUGCUAAAAGGAGGCCAGGUCCAGAAAAAUGAAGAUGGCAGUGUAGACAUAUCAUUGCAAAUGAAGUUAGAUCAAAAGCAAUGGGACACUCUGAAUGGAUACUUGACAUCCUCAGGUGCCUUCUCAGAAGACAUGUUCCGUCGCUCUUUAGGAUAUGUUGAGCAAUGCAUAUAUGAACCCAGUCAUCCUACCAAGAUAAUUUUAGCUUGGAGUGACUACAUUCAAAUAACCUUAACUGAAUAUAAGACUGAAAUGAAGUGGACACUUGCUGCUUUAGGGAUUUCAGCUCUGCUAUUUUGGAUGUGGAGGCACAUGUCCCAUACAAGUGUUAAAAUCAUCAUAUUUAUCUGUUUAUACCUAUUUGAAGUAUUUGUCAGUUAUAAGGAAGCUGAACAAAAAGAAUUAGACACAUUUGUGGCAGCACUUAAUAGUUGUAAAUGGCGCAUAUGGUCAUCUAACUGUGAAGUCCCUAGACCUGAUCCACUUGUAUUCAUCAAGCACAUGAAUCCUACAAAAAUUGGAGUCAGGAUGUUUACAAACUUGGUGUCAGAACCAUUGAUAGUUUUAAGUGAUACUGCCAAAACCAUGACUCAUGGAAUUACAGAUGGAAUCUGGUAUCCAUUUGAUGUCAUUGUAUAUGGUAUCUUCGUAACAUUUUUCAAUGUUUUACUACUAUUAUUUAUGAUAAUGAUUAUUUUUAACUUCUUGCUCAACAUUCCUUUCAAGUUGGAUUUCCUUUUAUUUAGUGUUGGUUUACUUCAGCGCAAGAAAACUAAAAAUAAGAGUGAUGAUGACAAUCAGAAAACCACACAAAAUAAUGCUAAUAAUAAUGCUAUAAGUGCCCAUACUUUAGAUAAGCUGUUGGACGUAUUUUCCAAAGCACUUAACCGAAAUGCCGAUAAUCAAGCCCCGGCGGCAAUACAGCAUUUGAACAAUAAACCAAGAGCAAUCACUAGUUCUGCAACCACCAGCGGAUUGAAACGAUCAGCUAGUACCGGUCGUUUACCAAAUCCAGGAUCUUUUGAAUGUCAUAAUGAAGGAAAUGUCACAAGGAGAAAUGUACCACGUACCGAUGGUGGUGGAGAUGCGCGUUAAAGACUUGUAGCUGUAGCAUAAAAUGCGAUAAAUUAGCAGACACUAUUGGCUGCGCGAUAAGUAAGCCAAUCCUAUUGGCUCAUCUCUCGCGUUCCACGAACUAUGCGGACGGCAUGCUAUGAAUACUAGAGUUAUUUAAACUUAAGACUGAUUGCAACUCUUCAACUCUUCAAGUUUUUUACAGCCUGCCAACAUAGAUAGAUGCAUUUCUUACAAUGUAGUAUGUUGUGUAAUGUGUUAACCUUAUACACAAAUUAUGUUGGGUUGUGUUAUACCAAGUCAUCUAGGCUAGGAAUAUUUUCCAUAAAGCCUGACCAAUAACAUAAACACAUUCGCGUAAAAUAGUCAGGCUUUAUUCGUGAUAAUCGUAUUAAUUGUAAAUAGUGUCAUAUUAUUUUUGUAAUAAUUAUUGUGUAAAAAGGUUAUAGUUAUUCCCAGGAUAUGCUGACUGAUACUAAUUUAAGAAAGCUUUGUAUAAUUAUGGACUAAUGGCGUCAAAUUCAGUAAAUCUUCUAUGUUUACUCUUCUGCAGGUUAUAUUAACAUGAAUGUAUAUUCAUCAUUAGGCUGUACUUUUUUAGAGUAAAAAUCAUGUCCAUGCUAUUUGUACUGACUAGUCAUCAGUGCUUAUCUAUUUUUUUAUAUUACCGCAUCUCACAUUUUAACAUAAUUAUGUUUUAAUAUUUGUACUUAUAUACUUGUUUUGUUUUAUAAUAAAACACACACAUUGUAA